AUGAGUAGCAUAGAGACAGUCACAAUUGUACCUGAUAGCGAGCGUUACAAGCUUCACGCCCUGCCAGCGUUGCCACCAGUAACAGUCUCUGGAAGAAGUUCUACGCGAGCCUCAGCUCUAGAAGUUCAGAGUUACAGUCAUUCUGUGAAUGAACAACAGCUCGCUCCAGUAGAUGGAGGAAUCGCAGCAUGGCGACUACUCGGCGCAGCUUUCGUAUUUGAGACACUAUUAUGGGGGUUUCCGUUAUCCUUUGGUGUCUUUCAAGACUACUAUUCAAGAAUCCCAGCUUUUGCUAGCAACCCUUACAUCGGCGUCGUCGGUACAAUAGCAUCUGGCCUCGGCUACAUAGGCGCCUCGUUCAUUAUGCCAUUCAUCCAGCGACAUCAGCGUUGGCGACGGCAGAUGAUAUGGAUCGGUUGGCCAAUCUGUAUUGGCGGACUAGUGACAGGUUCUUUUGCUAAUACGCUCGAAACCCUGAUAUUGACUCAAGGUGUUGCUUAUGGUAUUGAGUUUCUGAUCCUCUACUACCCCAUACUCAUCAUGGUAAAUGAAUACUGGAUAUCGCGUCGAGGUAUGGCCUACGGUCUACUCUGCGGUGCGUCGGGGGUUUCUGGCGCCAUCAUGCCCUUUAUUGUACAAGCUCUCCUCGCAAAGUACGGAUAUCAGACAACACUCCGUGCCAUAGCUGUUGGUCUGGCUGUUAUGACUGGUCCUCUCAUUCCCUUCCUAGAUGGUCGUCUUCCGCCCUCAGAACACGUCAGCACGCCUAAGACAAACUGGUCCUUUUCCAAGAGUUCUCUCUUCUGGCUGUAUUCGGUGUCCAGUCUGUUUCAAGGUUUUGGAUAUUUCUUCCCGUCACUAUAUCUCCCAUCUUUCGCAACUUCACUCCAUCUUGGCGAGAAAUCAGGACCAAUUCUCCUAGCUAUUAUGAGCAUAUCCCAGGUUGUAGGGCAAUUUGCUUUCGGUUAUCUUUCAGACCGCAAGAUAUCGCUUGAUGUUCUGGUUUGCACAUCCAACCUUAUGGCUGCCGUGGCCACGCUCACUGCGUGGAGGCUGGCCAACUCAUUUCCCAUCCUAGUCGGCUUCACUAUUCUCUACGGAUUCUUUGGAGCCGGCUUCACUGCCACCUGGGCAAAGAUGAGCACCACAAUCACCGAUGACGUGACUGCAGUUCCAAUUGUUUUUGGUCUGCUCAACUUGGGCAAAGGUAUUGGUAAUGUCCUGGCAGGUCCGAUCGGGGGUCUCCUGGUUUACAGCAGCAGUGCCCCUCAGCACUCGUCAACUGCCACGACGUUGACCCGGUCAUCGUAUCAUUGGGUGAUUAUCUUUACUGGGACGUGCAUGUUUGCAAGCACCUGCACUAUCUUCUUGCGAUAUCUGAAACGAGUUCUUAACAUUUUAAGUACCACUUAG